AUGAAGAGGCUAACUGCCAAAUUAGUAUUUAUGGGCUCUCAAGGUAUGUUAAUUAUAAAUAAUAGUUUAUUGUUUAUUCAGCUGUUCUGAUUUUCACUAUCUACCCAUACAAUCCAACAAACUCGAGAAUCCAUUUAUUCAAUAGUGGAUAUUAAUUAUUAAUUUAUAGGUACCUAUUAUUAACUUUUGCCAAUAGAAAUAUUCUGGAAAUAUGCUUGUUAAGGAUUUAAUAAGAGACUCUACCAAUUGGAAAAUAAACAUAAAUUAAGUUCCUACACCCUUCCCUAAAAAAUGUCUUAGCUACCUACUUAAAUUUAACUUUAAUUUUUGUAUCUAUUCAAGAGAUUUUAAGUUAUUUAUUUAAUAAUGUAAUAUAGAUGCUAGUUAGGUCUUUAUAUAAACAUAUAUAGACACAUAUGUUUUGUAAAUAAAUGUAUUCAAAUAAUAAAUUCCAUAAUUUUUAUAUCAUAUGUUAAAAUAUCAUACAAAUUUGAAUAUAUUAACCACAUUAAAAUGCCAGAAAUUAUUUAUUAUUAUUACCUAAUUAAAAUAUGCAGUACUAACCUCGAUAUUAGUAUAGUAGAAAUUAAAAAAAAAGAGAUUUUAGUUAAUUAUAAAUAUUAAAACAUAACUUUUACUUGACAUAUUUGGUAGGUACAAAUGGAAUACAUAUAAAUAAGUAAUUAUCUAUAAACUUUAAUUAGGAGUUUAAAAUUUAUUUUAUUAGGUAUUUAUAUUUAAUUAUAAAUUAACCUAGUAGUUUUAAAAAACUGUAGAUUUUGCUCAUUUUAUUCAAUUUAAGCAUAAUAUAGUUUUUAUAAACAAGUAUGUAGGUUAUGAUUAUGCACAUAUUCUCUUGAAUCAAUAUUAUAUAUAUAUAUAUAUAUACUCAUAUAUUUAUUUUACAAUACAACAUAGAUCAAUGGUCAACUGAUUAAGUAUGUGCACUGCAUUAUUGGAAAUUAUAAAAAAACAUAGAUUACAUACUUAGAUAUCAUACGGAUAAUGGAUAAGUAGGUAAUUAAAGUUUUUAAAGGCAAAACCAAUAAUAAACCAUUGUGUUCAAAAAACAAUUCUGAGUUGAACAGAAUUCUCUUUAACAUAUUAUAAAUCUUAUUAAGAUUAAAAAUAUUCCUUCACUCUUGGGAACAUUAUUAUUCUAUUUCUGUUACACUUUUUAUAAAUAAUAACUAGGGCUUACAGAAAUAGGUAUGCUUUAAAAACCUAUUAUGCAAUUCUGAAAUGAAAAUUACCAAAAUUAAUCGAUUUAACACAACAAACGAGUAUAAAUCACGACUGCACUACUGCAGUUAUUAUGAUAACUCAAAUAAAAUCAAAGUCAUAUCAAAGGUACAAUAAAAUACUUAGACAUUCCAAUAUAACAUUACUGAUAUAUUAAUAGGUAAAUUGAAUAAGUCAUAACAACUUAUUUUAGUGAAACAAAUUAAUAAAUAAAUAUCUAAAAUUUCAUAUAUUUUUUUUUUAUUAUUAUUUAUUUAAACUAAAAUGUUUCAGCACACCUGGUACUAUUACAAGUAUAUAUGUUUAACAUUUAUAUUAGUUACUAAUUAUUUGAAUUGAUAUGUUAAUAGUCAUAGGAUAAUAAUGAUGUUCACAGCGGUAAUUGUUAGUAUAAUAGAACUUAGCAUAUUAAUUAUGAUUAUUAUCUUCUGAUGGCUAAUUUUUGGUAUCUGUUGUGAAAAUGUCUUGAGGGAGUCGAGGCUGCAGACGUCUAUGAGUGUUUUUUUUUUCUAUAGGUUGUAAUGGCAGGCUCUGUCCGAAUUUUUCAGCUUGGUGUGAAAGUUUUUAAAUUGAGUUUUGAUCCAUGCAUUUAAAAUAAGGGCAUUCCCAUAUCAUUAUAAGUGACAAUUUCUCAUGUACCACAGAGCUUUAAGGCAUUCUUAGAAACUUAUUUUGAAGAACUUGGAUCCUAUUUAUCUUAGUACGUGAAGCAGCAGCCUAUAUUGAACAGGCAUAUCAGUGGCCUGAUUAUUAAAGUGUAUAAGAGGAGGCAUGAUUUAAUUUGAAGUGUUGAUUUUGAGUUGACUAGAGGAUAGAAAAUUUUCAUUUUAGCAUAUCCUUGUGUGAGGUUAUUAUUAAUGUGGAUAUUCGAUGUGAGUUUAUCGUCAAGAUAUUCGACUGAGUUGUAUUUUGUACUCCACUAUAUGGCACAUUUAUAUUUCAAAUUCUUGAACAAUUAUUUUUUGAUUUUUAAUUCGUCAAGUUUAAAAUAUAUUAGAAAUUUACAAAAUCCCUGAAAUAUACUCUAAAAACGCUCAAUAUCGUAAAAUAUACUUAAAACGGCAAAUAUGCAAAAUAAAAUUAUAUAUUUUACAUAUUAUAUAGGCCCGUUAUAUUAUCAUAAAACAAAUUUUAGUAUUGACUACUUUACUAAUAUUUUUUUAACAACAAAGAAUAUAUAAAUGUUGAUCAUACUAAUUACCAAUACCUUUUGCUUUCAUUUUUUUAAAAUAAUUUAUAUUUAAUACUUGAGGAAUUUAUUGCAAUUAACAAAUGGCAGUACCUACAUACAUGUAGAUAAAUAAUCAAAUUUUGCAAUAAGUUUCAGAUUUUAGUAAGUAAUACUAACUUUACUAGCUAAUUCUAUGUUUUUUUUUACAAUAAAAUAAAAUAAAUUAAUAAAAUCUAUAGAAAAAAUGUACUAUACAAUGAUACUAAUUUAUUAAUAUUAUGUAAUAAUAAUAUUUAAAAUAUAUAUUCCCUGGUAAGAUUUUUUUGAUUUCUCUAUAUGUUAUGUGUUUAUACAUAUUUCAGGAGUUGGAAAAUCAAGUAUAAUUACCAGAUACAUAAAAGAUGACUACAAAAACGAAUGUGAAGCAACAAUUGGUGCUUCAUUUAUGUAUGCAAAAGUUACAAUACAGAACUAUCAAAUUACUUUAAAAGUAAUAUUAUAUUAGUUAAAAAUUAUAAAACAAUUAUUUUUUUUUAAUUAUAAGCUGAUAGCUAAUAGUCAAAUAUACCUAUAUUAUAACUUGGGUUAUUUAGCUUACCUAUAAUUUUGUUUGUUUUAUUUAAAGUAUAAAUAUUUUAUUAGAGCAUAUUUUACAACAUAAUUUCAAAUAUUAAAGACUUGCUUUAAACUGUAUAUUAAAUAUCAAUAUUAAGAUAUUUAUCUGAAUAAACACAACUUUACACAAAUAAUGUAUGUUCCAAUGUAUGCUGAAUUUUUAAAUCGCAACAUUAGUUACAAGUUAUAAUUUUAGAAAAUAUAAUAACUUACAAGUACCUAUAAUAAUGUUUUGUUUUUUUUUUUUUUUAAGGUAUGGGAUACAGCUGGUCAAGAACGGUUUCGUAGUUUAGUACCAAUGUACUAUAGAAAUGCAGAUGCUGUUGCUAUUAUUUUUGAUGUAUCAGAUAGAGAAUCAUUUAAUCAAGUUAAAGAUUGGAUCAAUGGUGAAUCAUACUAAAUUCGAUUUAUUUUAUUAUACUAUUAUAAUGUAUGUAUUAAUUUCAGAAGUAAAAAAGAAUACAGAUACUCCUGUAAUUUAUUAUGUAGUUGGAAACAAAACAGAUUUAAUAGAUUCAAGGACAAUUAUGUAUGAAGAGGCUAAAGAAUUUGCCAAUUCAGUUAAUGCUCACUAUUGGGAAACUAGUGCUUAUUCUAACUCAGGUAAAAUUUAUUUAAAAUUAUAUAACUUGUAUGAGUAUUACAAGUUUUAGAUAAAUAAUAUAAAAUAUAUAAUAAAAAAAUAGAAAACUUAUGAUGUGUUUUAUAUUAAAUACCCUACUAAAAUCACCCACACGAGUGUAUUUAUAGGUUUCAAUAUUUUGAUGGCGUUUUAAUGUUUCAUAAUCUCUUAAAAUUCUUUGAAUAUUGAUUUUUCUUCAUUAUGGUAUUAUGACCUUCAUUAAAAAAUAUAGAUUAAUUUUUUUUUAAAACAAAAAAUCUAAAAAUCUAAAGUUUAGAAACAGAAUUAGUUUCAAGAAAACUGUUUGACCAAUAAUGAUACCAUAGUUUUUGGUUUAUAUUAAGAAAAAAUAUAGAAACCCAUUUACUAAAUUUUAAAGUCUUAUCACUCAGUAUUAAGGUGAGAGCAGUAGUACAAUUCACCAACUAUAAAAUAAAUCAAAAUUAUUAUAAGCUUACAAGUUUAAUUUAAAAUGUAUAUAUUAUAUUCAAUUAUAUUAUGUUUUUCUUUAUUCAGACCUUUCAUAAUUUAUAUAUAUUUUAUAGGAUAGAAAUAUUAAUCUUAUUUCUUAAUAUUUAUAAUUUAUAAUGAAUAAAAAUCUGUAUUAAAAAUUACUUGAGGAAAAUAUCACAAAUAGCUCUUCUUUUCCACAGACUAAUUGGUUCAAGUCCAUUAUUGCCUAUUAAAUGUCCUAAAAACUCAAUGAAAAAAUAUGCAUGGGUUAGGAUUUAAAUAUUUCUACUAUCUAGAGAUGGAUUCAUAAUCACUGAAUCAAUGUAUCUUACAAUUUAACUUAAAUGCGUCCCUAUUCCUAAUGAAUGUUAAAUGUGCAAUUAAUAUAAUUAAAGAAAAAAACUUAUCUUGUCACACUGUACCUCUAAUUUUUAUGGUAAAGUCUAAAAACACUAUUCGAUUAUUAUGAGUAUGAUUAUUAUAGAAUCUAAUGAUUUUAAUAUUAUUUCUAAAAUAAAAAUAUUCUACUGUUAAUUAAAAAAAAAAAUAGUAGACAUUUUUUUUGCAUUAAUAUUAUUGCUUGUCAGUGCAUAAAUAUAUAAUUUUAUAGACUUCAAAAAUGAAAAGGAGAUUAUGUAUUCGAUGGAUAUGUUUUUUAUUUGUAUAAUAUUUAAAUAAGACAAUUUUCCUAAAUUGUUUAUAAUUAUAACCACAAUUAAAUAUUGUUGAUAUUGAUACAUUUGGGAUUUUAAAUCUUUUUGUUUUUCAUAUUUUUAAAAUAAACAAAUAUGUAAAACAAAUUAAAAAUAUUAAUAUUUUUAAGAACAAUUCAAUUAUUUAUAGAUAGUUAAAAUAAAAUUAUAUGUCUUAUUAAAAGAUAAAUUAUAAAGUACCUAUAUAUAUUUUAAUUAAUUUUUAGGUAUUCAAGAUUUGUUCACAAAUAUUGGUCGAAAUUUAAUAGAAAUGUUAGAAAGUUCAAAUCCACCAGUCAAUUUAAAACUUGAAAUUGAUCCAGAAGAAGUUCCGAAUAAUGAUAGUAUAAAUAAUUCUAAUAUAAUAUCAUGUUGUACAAGUUAAUAGUGUACUUAAAAUGUAUUAUUAUUAUUUUUCUUCAUUUUUUUAUUUGUUCAUUAUCAUUGUAUGGGUAGAAAUAUUUAAAAAUAACUUAGUAGUUCAUAUUAUACUUUAUAAGUAUACUCUUGAAGUUUAAUUUUAUAUAUUAAUUAUUCAUUUUAAGUAUUGUUUAAAAUUGGAACAAAUUUAUUCAUUGUUUUCUAAGUUUAAAGUUUACUGUUACAAAUUUAUUGUAAAUAUAUAUUAUAGAUAUUUUAUUGAGUUGCUCAUAUUUAUAUGAUACAAUUAUAAACUAUAGGUACCUGUUAUUGAUUAUAGAAUAAUAAAUGUAUUAUAUAACCAAUGCUCAAUUAUAAUAUAGGUAUAAUACUUUGAAUACCCACUAUCAUUAUUUAUUAAUAGUUGUUCAAAUGAACUAUAAUAAUAGGUAUUAGUUAAAUAACUGGUACAGUAUUUUCCUAUUCAUUCAAAUGCAUUGAAGUAUACAACCAUUAUUUAAUGUAUUGAUAUUUAAUGUAAUAAUAUAAUAUUAAUAUUUCAGAUGUAAAAUAUAUGACUUGAUAGCAUUUUUUGAGGUACAAUAUAAGUUUUUCAUGCGGAAAUUUAUUGAACUAAUUUUAAAAUGUAUAUUCUGAAUGAUUUCAUGGAAAUCAAACUUAUUAUUUACUACUAAGCAUUUCAUACUUGUACAUUUUAUAUUUUGUUUAAUCCUCUUCCAGUAUUUAUAUACUAACCAUAUUUAUUUUAACAUCAUAGCCUGAAUGUGGAGCUCUACAGACAUAUCAUUGAAAACAUAAAAAUCAAAUUAAAUUAUUUUAAAUUUUGGGUCUGUGUUUUUUAAUGCGGAUGUCUGAUAAGAAGUGCAUAGUUAAAAUAAGAACAAACAUUUAAUUAUAGAUCUUUUUUAAUGUAUUUCUCAAGGCUCAAUAGAAUUCAGAUAUUUAUCUUAAAUUUCUAUGAUAAUAAUUAUACUAAUUGUAUAAAGGUGAACUUUGGUAAUUUCUACUUAAUAAUUAAUAAUGUCACUAAUAUUUCAAAUAGUUAACCAUAAUAUAACAUGUACCCCAAUUAAAAAAAAAUUUUACAAGGAAAAUCCUUGUGGAAUAUCAUCCCAAUUUAGAAAAGAGCCAACACUUUAAAUAAGUUCUAGAUAAAACCCAUUUUUUUUAAUAUAACUCAAAGGUUAAAUAAACCAUCAAUUACAUACAAUACAUAUGUUUUAAAUUCAAAAUGAUUUUUUAUAUUUGUUAUAUUAACUAUAUACAGGGUUUAAAAAUAAGAUCCAACCCCAGAAAUAACUUAAUCUUAUCAAUAGGUUUUAUUAAUUUUUAAUUUUUUUUAUAUAUAUUCACAUAAUUUAUAUGCUCGUACUAUAGUCAAAAUAUUAUAAGUUUUUUUUAUUUUUAGCUGAGGGAACAUAAAAUAAAAAUAUAUUUAUGUGAAAAAAAUUGAUUUGGCCGAUUGGAAAACCUUAAACAUUUGACUAGGGGUUCAUCAAAGGUGUACUUAAAGGUACAAAAAUAGUUUAAAGUAGUACCUAGGUAUUGUGUAGUAGUUUUUUCAUAAACACGUUUAAAGUUUAAAUUUGAAUAUAAAUAGUCAAAAUUAACAUAAUUUUGGGACGGGUAUUAUUUUCAGAUUUACAUGAUAAUUUUUUGGCCAAACCAAAAUGUAUAAAAUAGACGUUCAUCAAAAUUGUAUUUAAUGUUAAAAAAAAAAAAAAAAAAAAUAGAGCCAAUUGUAGUAAUUUUCACUUUAUUUUUGUAAGCUUUUUAAAAGACUGCAAUAAUCAGAAACAUAAUAUUCCGGGAUAUAAAUUUCUGGAACGAAAAUAACAGUGUUAUUAAUUCCUGAACGUAAUAAUUCGUAAUUAAAAAUCAUACAAUAAACACGAGGCAUGAGUUGCGCAUGACAUUAGUCAGUAUACAUUUUAGUAUUUUACCGAUGCUCGAAAAAAUUAUUAUUUUUUUUUUUUUAGACGUCAAACCGACACUGUGCGCACCCUGAUUGUGCCAUAGAGACGUACGCGCGCACGCCUGACCCACGUAUAAAUGCUUGAUGAUUCUGAUGCAACGUUUCAUUCGAUAAUCGUUGACGAGAUUUUAUACACUGUUGUGUGGUCCUACCGAAAUUCAAUACAGUAUAAUAUUCAUUUCUAUGGUAGACACUCGACACUACACCGGUCAGGUUUAUUAAAUAGUUUUCCAACCAUUUUAAAACAAAUUAUUGAUAUUUGGUACGUAUAUGCUUAAUUAAUGUAUUUAAUGUUAGGUAUAUUAUACUAUUUUUUUUAUAGUACACGUUUCACAGCCAUCCCGAGUAUAUAACAGCCGCGUUAUAGAUUCAUUAUCCACUAAAAUUAUUUAUAUUCCGUACCACCUAUAGAGAUAUAGGUACUUAUUUUUAAAAUUGUCCGAUUUCUACACACUAUAAACAGCAACUAGGUACAUCAUUUAAUGUCAAAAAUCUACUGAAAUAAUAUCAGUUUACCAUAGCCAAGGAAUAUUGUAAGGACUCAGUUUUUACUUAGUAAUGCCUACCUACUUAUAUAAUUUAUUGUGGUCUAGUAUACUUGUAUUGUAUUCAUUACAAUAAUUUGUAUUAUAUAUUAUUGUGUGCAAUGCAGUACAUAAUAUAGGUAUACAUAUUCUAUUCUGUUGUUAUACAUUAAAACUUCCAUAUAAUGGUCCCCGAAGAGAUCAGAAAUAAUUACCGCUAUUUAGAGGUUUCUUAUAGAAGCAUAACACUUGACAUGACCAAAAAGAAUUACCGUUAACGGAAGUUUUACUGUAACUAAGUUAAAUACUACUAUUAAAUCAAGAUAAUGCUUACCAUUAUAAGUAUUCAAUUUAGAAUUCUGUAAAAAAUAUUUUAUUAUUUUUAGACAAUAUGGACGACCAGGAUAAUUUGACUUCAGUUCUUUAUGGUGUGAGAGAUUUAAGACUUGUUAGUACAUAUUUGAUAAUAUUAUAAUUUAGUGAUAUUUAAAGAUUUUAUUACUUAAUUGUUUUCUUUUAUAAUUAUUAGGAACAACGGCCCAUACCAAAACCUGGCUAUAAUGGUAAGAAAUUAUCAACUACUUAUAAUUUAAUGCUAAAAUGUCUAUUGUAUUACUUAAUCAUAAAUCUUGUAGAAGUAUUAUUGAAAAUUCAACGUGUUGGAAUAUGCGGUUCAGAUGUCCAUUAUUUAGUACACGGUAGUAUUGGUAAUUAUGUUGUUAACGAACCAAUGAUUAUUGGACAUGAAGCUAGUGGAAUUGUAGUGAAACUAGGAGAAGGAGUGACAAAUCUUUCUAUUGGUCGGUAUAAAAAUAUUUAAAAUUAAUUUACUAUUAAAAAGUUUUUAAAAACAUUUUUGUAUCAUAGGUGAUAGAGUGGCCAUUGAACCGGGUGUAUCAUGCCGUAUGUGUACAUUUUGCAAAAAUGGCAAGUACAAUUUAUGCCUUGAUAUGAAAUUUUGCGCUACACCACCAAUAGAUGGAAAUUUAACUCGUUAUUAUGUUCAUGCUGCUGAUUUUUGUUACAAGUAAGAUUUUGGUUCUAUAAUUUAUUGAUAAUAAAAUUUUGUGUAAAUAUUGCAGGUUACCACGACAUAUGACUUUAGAAGACGGUGCCAUGUUAGAACCACUUUCUGUUGGUGUACAUGCUUGCAAAAGAGGAGGUGUUACGGUUGGUUCUUCUGUACUAAUUUUAGGAGCUGGGCCCAUUGGUUUGGUCACAUUAGCCACUGCAAAAGCAAUGGGUGCUUCAAAAAUUUUUAUAACAGAUCUUACAGAUUACCGAUUGAAUGUAGCUAAAAAAAUGGGUGCUUUUAAAGUAAUUCAAAUCAAUAAAGGAGAAUCUGAUGAACAAGCAAUAGAAAAUAUGAGAUUUGAAUUGAAUAACGAACUUCCUGAUGUUACUAUUGAUUGUAGUGGUUUCCAGCAGACAAUGAAAAUGGGAAUUGAAGUGAGUACAUAUAGUAAAUUACUAUGGUCAAAUAUUGACUGAUACAUAAAUAUAUUAUAAUUAUAUUUGCAUAUAGAUGUUAGAAUUGUUGUAAAUAUUUUAUGGUUGAGCCUGCCGUAUUCCAUGUUAUUUUUACAUUCACUAGUCACUACCUUGUUCUACUCAUUUUAAAUAAUAAUAGCUAACUAUUUAGUCUAUACUCGAUAUUGGUAAGGCACCCUGUAAUGAAAUUUUAAAUAAAAAAGGGAUUGCCGGUUUAAAAUAAAAAUAAAUAUAUAUUAUAAUAAUAUAAAAAAUAUAUUAGAAACAAAAAUUACCAUCUAUAUUAAAUUUAACUAUUUAAUUUUUUUUUUUUAAUAUGAAAUAUGAAAUAUGGCCGUAUUAGGACCUAAAAUACCAAUAUAUAAAUUAUAUUCAAUACAGUACUAAAAAACUAAAACAAUUUAGUUUAUUACUUCAUAAAGUUUAAAUUUGUAAAAUAUAAUGUAAAUAUAGCUAAUAUAUAUAUGUAUUUCAGUACUAAAAAAACUAAAACAAUUUAGUUUAUUACUUCAUAAAUUAUACAUUUGUAAAAUAUAAUGUAGAUAGCUAAUAUAUAUAUAUAUAUAAGUUACACAUGAAUGUAAAUAUUAUCUUUAUGAUCUUGUAUAUUUAAUUUUCAAAAUACUAAUUUAAUUAAAAACGUAAAAAUAUUCAAAUAAUUCCAACCAACAAUUUUGAGAAUUAUAAAGUAAUAUAAUAUAUUAUACCAUGUAUGUCUUGCAAAUUUCAAUGUUAAGUCUCUAUAGUUAAAAAACCUUUGAAGUCAGCCCAAAGUUUAGAGUUUGAAAGGUUUUGCAAGUCUUUUUAAAGUGUUUGAAAAGUAGUUCACCUUCCAAACUUUUCAGAAUUGUGAGCUUAUAUAAAUUAGUUUAUAAUAUUCCCAUAUUAUGUUUUAGUUAACAAAAUCUGGAGGAGUACUAAUGAUUGUUGGAAUGGGAGCAUCAAAAAAUGUUGAACUACCUUUGUUUAAUGCAUUAGCUAGAGAAGUAGACAUUAAAGGAGUCUUCCGCUAUGCCAAUGAGUAUAUUAAUAAAUACAUUUUUUCUUACUAAUACAAUAUUAUUCAAAUAAUGACUUGAUAUGAUUUAAAAUUUGUUUUAGUUAUCAAGAUGCAUUAUCAUUAAUCUCUUCAGGAAAAGUUAAUCUGAGUCCAUUAAUAACUCAUCAUUAUACAAUUGAAGAAUCAUUAGAAGCUUUUAAAACAGCAGAGACUGGAGUUGGAAAUCCAAUUAAAGUUAUGAUACACGUUGAUUAG